AUGGUAUGUGAGGUUAAGAUAUGGUGGGUGGUGAAUAUUUUGUGGUUGGUCUCCUGCAACAUGCAACAUUGGGUUCAUGGAGAGCCACAAGUACCUUGUUUCUUCAUUUUUGGAGACUCCUUAGUUGAUAAUGGCAAUAAUAAUGGCCUUAUCACCUUGGCUAAAGUCAAUUUCCCACCAUAUGGGAUCGAUUUUCCUGACGGACCAACCGGAAGAUUUUCCAAUGGUCGAACUAUGGCUGAUAUUAUUGCUGAACUCUUGGGUUUUGACAAUUACAUUCCACCCUUUGCAACCGCAAGCAACCAAGACACACUCAAAGGUGUGAAUUAUGCAUCUGGAGGUGCUGGAAUUCGGAAUGAAUCUGGACAACAUCUGGGUGCUCGGAUCAGCCUAGAUUUUCAGAUGAGAAAUCACCAAACCAUAGUCUCACGCAUCGCCAACAUACUUGGAAACAAUGAUUCAGCUGCAAAGUACCUAAGCAAGUGCCUGUAUUCAGUUGGAAUGGGCAGUAACGAUUACAUCAACAAUUACUAUUUGCCAAAUUUAUAUCCAACAAGUCACCAAUAUACUCCAGUGCAAUACGCCCAAAUCCUUAUUCAACAAUAUACUCAGCAAAUAAUGACUUUGUACAAGUAUGGAGCAAGGAAGGUGGCCUUAAUGGGAUUGGGUCCAAUAGGGUGCACCCCAAAUGAGAUUGCAAGAUAUGGCAAAAAUGGUUCAUCAUGUGUGGAGGACAUCAACAAUUCAGUUCAGCUGUUUAACAGUAAGCUUAUAUCACUUGUUGAUAACCUCAACACCAAUCUAACUGACGCCAAGUUCAUCUAUGUGAACUAUUAUGCUAUUGCAUCUUCAGAUGUUUCAUCUCUAGGUUUCAAGGUAACGAAUAGUGCGUGCUGUGGAGGAGGGAAGAACAAUGGUGAGAUUCCAUGUCUUCCUUUACAAAUACCAUGCAAGAAGAGGAGUGAGUAUUUGUUCUGGGACGCAUUCCAUCCUACUGAGGCAGCAAAUGUGAUUGUCGCGGCAAGAGCUUACAAUGCUCACACUCCAUCCGAUACAUAUCCAAUUGACAUAAGCCACUUAAUUCAGCUUUGACAAAUGCCUACAUUUAGCAGCUAGCACUUAAUAAUUAAGGGGAUUUUCAUAUUCUAAUCUUGUUUUUUAUAAAUCAUUGUAUGUAUUAUGUAUUAGGCAAUUUGCUGGGCAUUCUUACCCUUAAAGAAAAACAUUGAGCGCAAAGCCCAAAAAUAAUAAUAAUAAUAAAAGGAAAAUGAUAUUUUAGGCCGAAAAAAAAAAAAAAACCCCCACCAUAUUAAAUACAGUAAGUUUCUUUAGACAAAAAUACUAUUUCGGCAAUUUUCUUCCAUGUCUUCUUCACAUUUUUCUCUCCUGAC